AUGGACGCGCAACUAGAAUGGGCCAGCAGCCUCGUCCCGAAAAGACAGCUACAUCAACAACAGCAAGAUCAACAAGAUCAACAAAAACAGGAGGACCUCCACAAGGACCAGCUGAUGACCGUGGGCAUGCGGAUCAGACAGCGGGUCGACCAGGGUUAUGCCUCGAGCACGCCGGGCACCUCGCAGGCGUCGCUGCAGCCGGGCGUCAUCAGAGACUACUCGAGCGUUAUUGUUCCGCAAUUCACCAGGUCGCCGCUGCCCACGGCAAACUCGCUGCCACCCAUGCUCAUCAACCAGAGGACCAUGUCGACGGAGGCGUCCUCGCUCGAGAAGUGGGGGGUGCCAGAGUCUGCCGCGGAGCACGAGACGAUGGUCAACGGGACCAAGAGAAGACUUUGA